AUGCCUCAUCCUGUUACCCGCCCCGGAGAACGUAAUUCUGAAUUAACUCUGUCAUAUGAAAGUAUUUUUCAUGUGCCUCGGAGAUCUUUCUUUUCGUUUAUCGGGGUUUCUCUUUACUACAGCAUAUCACCCAUAGCCAUUUUGAGGCGACUUUUCCCGCUUUCGUCAUCUAUCUAUCUAUCUAUCUAUCUAUCUAUCUAUCCCAUUGAUCUAUUUGUUCUCAUCUAUCUCAAUGCGUUCGGUCAAAUGGUCAUUAAAAUAUUUUAUUCACAUCUAUCUAUCUAUCUAUCUAUCUAUCUAUCUGUCUGUCUGUCUACUGUUCAUAUCUAUCUAUCUAUCUAUCUAUCUAUCUAUCUCAUUCCAUUCACAUCUAUUUAUCUGUCUAAUUUUCUUUGCAUUUUCUUUUUCUUGCAUUUUAUUAUUUCGCUUCGUAAUAUUAACACGCACCUUUCUUUCUUUUUUUUUCUUCUGUCUUCUCUUCCAUUCUUUCUUUCUUUCUUUUUCUUUCUUUCUUUCUUUCUUUACUUUUCUAUUCCAUUGUUAAUUUCUUUCUUCAUUUCUUUCUUUCUUUUUUGCUUUCUUUCUUUCUUUCUUUCUUUCUAUUUUUUUUCUUUCUUUAACUAUAUUUUCUUUCUUUCAUUCAUUCUUUCUUUUUUUCUUACUUUCUUUCUUUCUGUAUUUCUUUCUUUCAAUAAUUCUUUUUUCUUUCUUUCUCUCUUUCAACGAUUCCUUUCUUUCUAUAUUUCUUUUUGCUUUCUUUCUUUCUUUCUAUAUUUCUUUCUAUACAGUUUUUCUUUCUUUCUUACCAUGAUUCCUUUUUCUUUCUUUCCUUCUUUCUUUCUUUCUUUUUUCUUUCUUCCCAUGAUUCCUUUUUCUUUCUUUCUUUCUUUCUUUCUUUCUUUCUUUCUUUAUUUAUUUAUUUAUUUCUCUUUCAUUCUUUCUUCUUUUCUUCCCAUGGUUCCCUUUUCUUUCUUUCCUUCUUUCUUUCUUUCUUCCCAUGAUUCCUUUUUCUUUCUUUCUUUCUUUCUUUCUUUCUUUCUUUCUUUCUUUCUUUUUCAUUCUUUCUUCUUUUCUUCCCAUGAUUCCCUUUUCUUUCUUUCUUUCUUUCUUUCUUUCUUUCUUUCUUUCUUUCUUUCUUUCUUUCUUCUAAUGAUUCCUUCAUAUCUUUCUUUCUAUAUUUCUUUCAUUAUUUUUUCUUUUUUCUUUCUUUCUUUCUUUCUUUCUUUCUUUCUUUCUUUCUUUCAUACUUUCUUUCAAAUAUUCCUUUAUUUUUUUGUAUAUUUCCUUCUUCCUUUUCUCUUUCUUUCUUUCUUUCUUUCUUUCUUUCAUGCUUUUCUUUUUUCAUUCCUCCUUGAUAUUAUCAUUUCAUUCUUCUAUUUUUCCUCUUAA